AUGUGCGGCAUUCACGCUGUAAUAUCGACGUCUGGCUACGCACCUCCACCGCAGGGCUACGUGCGACGGUGCCUUUGCAACAGGGGGCCAGACUACGUGGGUACUGUCCGCGCGGAGGCGGACGCGUCGCUGGUGUCUCUCACGCUCACCUCGACGGUGCUGUCGCUCCGGGGAGACCACGUUGCCGCUCAGCCGCUGGUCGACCCCGCGACUGGGUCGGUGCUGUGCUGGAAUGGCGAGGCGUGGAGGAUAGGCGGUCGGGACGUCGAGGGGAGCGAUACAGAGGUUGUCAUGGGGCUGCUGCUGCUGUCGUCUGCGAAUAGCAGUUCAGUUGGGCAGGAAAAAUCUGUGCUUGACGCGUUGCGCUCCAUUGAGGGACCGUUUGCUCUGAUCUACUUUGACAAGCCGGGGAGGAGGGUGUACUACUGCCGUGACAGGCUAGGACGACGGUCCCUGCUGGUCAAUAAGAACGACGGAGACACGGUCGUCCUGUCUAGUGUGGCUGAUGCGGAGCAGGAUGGCUGGGUCGAGGUGGAGGCUGAUGGGUGCUAUACUGUCUGUUUAGACGACCUCGUCAUAUCUAGACAUGAAUGGGUUGAUGAUGCCUCCUCGGUAUCGGGCAUAGGCAUCUUCUGUGAGAAGAUGCCCGACACGACGGACGACCCCCCAAGUCUGUGCGAGGACUCCCCCUCUGUCGGGAGACUGCGCGACCAUCUCAUAGAGUCCUUGAGGCUGCGCGUCGCUGGCAUACCGCAGCCGCCGGAGGGGACCGAGGACAGCGCAAGGCUGGCAGUGCUCUUCUCCGGCGGUCUGGACUGCACAGUCCUCGCACGCAUGGCGGCCGAUCUCGUACCUCCCGGCCAGUCUAUUGAUCUGGUCAACGUCGCGUUUGAGAAUCCGAGGAUCGCCGGCCAGAAACCCGGCUGUUCGCGGGAUGAGUUAUUCGAGCUUUGUCCCGAUAGGAUCACGGCGCGGCGGUCGAUGGCCGAGCUUGUCAGGGUCUGCCCAGAUAGGCUCUGGCGGUUCGUCACUGUAAAUGUUCCUUAUACGGAGACAUGCUCUCACAGAGAAUCCAUCAUCCGCCUUAUGUACCCACACAACACGGAGAUGGACCUCUCCAUCGCCAAUGCGCUGUACUUUGCCGCCCGGGGCCGUGGUCUAGCCUCGAUGCCGUCAUCAGCCCCAGCCGGAGAACCCUACUGCUACACCACCACCGCCCGCGUCCUCCUAUCCGGUCUGGGCGCGGACGAGCUGUUUGGCGGGUACAUCCGGCACAAGACGGCCUUCUCACACAAGGGAUACCGCGGGCUCCUGGACGAGAUGCGGCUGGACGUCGGCCGCCUGGGCAAGAGGAAUCUCGGCAGGGACGACCGCGUCAUGGCCCACUGGGGUCGUGAGGUGAGGUUCCCGUUCCUGGACGAAAGACUCGUCAGGUGGGCUGUCGAGUCGCCCGUGUGGGAAAAGUGCAACUUCGCUGACGCUGCUGCCGAGGAUCCCGAUAAGAGGGUGUUGAGGCUGGUGGCCGAGUCGCUUGGGUUAUUGGGGGUUUCACGGGAGAAGAAGAGGGCCAUUCAAUUCGGCGCGAGGACGGCCAAGAUGGAGAGUGGAAAGGUCAAGGGAACAACAUUCAUAACACCAUGA